CAAGCAACUUCUCAAGACGAAGAUAUGGCUGCGGCCAACGAGCUGCCUUCCACAGCUGGCCCCUACGGUCUGCAAACACUAGCAGAACCCGUAUUCCCAACGCUAGAUAUUGUUUUUGUCCACGGAUUGACAGGAAACCGAGAAACAACUUGGACACAUAAAACGACCCGAACUUUCUGGCCCUCAGAUUUGCUACCCAAAGAUCUUCCAAACGCCCGAAUACUUACAUUUGGCUACGACGCAGACGUCGUCCGCGCGUUGGAUGCUGCGUCUUCCAAUUCGCUCCGCGAUCAUGGCAAGAGCCUUGCGCAUGAGCUCGCUAUGAACAAAAUGAGGGCUAGAGCUAUCGAUCGGCCGACAUUCUUUGUAGCCCAUAGCUUGGGAGGCCUUGUGUGCGAGCAGGGUCUCUUAAUAUGCCGGAAUGCAGCAGAAGCACACCUGAACGCGCUGCUAGACGCUGUUAAGGGGAUCAUUUUCCUUGGAACGCCACAUGCCGGCUCUGAUUUGGCCAGAUGGGGAAAUGUGUUGACUGGAAUAUCGUCGAUCUUCUCGAAACCCAAUAGAGACAUCGUGCGUGUUCUGACUCCAGGCUCAGAGAUGUUGGCAGCUGUCCAGCAAGACUUCCAUACCAUGCUGGAUACCAGACGCGAAAUUGGGAAGAAGAUGAAGAUAUUUUGCUUCUAUGAAGAAUACCGCGUUGGCGGCGUUGGAGAAAUCGUCCCAAAGCACUCUGCCAUUCUCCCCGGGUAUGAAAGCCAAAGCAUACACAGUAACCAUAUGAGCAUGGCACGGUUCACCGGAUUGGAUGAUGGAGGUUAUAUAAUGGUUUCUGGACGACUCUGGCUGUGGGCCCAGGAGCUUGAACAGAUUCCUGCCCAGCUUCCAAAGGAACGAGAGAAAAGGAUCGAAUACUCGGGGACUGUGAACAUGAUGGGUAGCGGAUCCAUCUUCCAAGGAAAUGCAAAUAUUGGGUCGCUUAACCUGGGAAGAACCAAUGCAGCAUGUCGAAAUUUGUGAGAUCUGGCUUAUUAACGCACGCUCUCUGAAAUACUCACUCUUACUUAAUAAGUAAAGGUUAGAAGUUCAGAUUUGC